AUAACGGUGUGCCAGACUGGCAAGUAUAUCGAGUGAUCGUCGCUUAUUUUCGUUUUAAUAAUUUAUCAUCGAAAUAAUGUCGAAUUACGCAACGCCGAUUCUGUAUCUCAACAUGGGCGGCGAGAUGAUGUAUGUGCUGCAGCAGAGGCUGCAAACUCAGAGAGUCAGUCUCGAUAAGACGAUACAAGUGAUGAACGACGUCUUGCACGCUCUGCUGAAUCCCAAACAAUUGGAGAGCAUAUUCAGCGAGGGUCCGCUGCUGCGGCUGACUUCCCUGCGAUCGAUCCUCGAGCGGGUCAUUCUCUGCUCGAUUAUGCGCCUCGACCCGGCCAGCAUGGACAAGCUCUUCGACCUCAUGAUCAUGAUGGUCAAGUAUCAGCUGGCCACCAGCAGCGGGCCCCGCGAGAUCAUCCUCUCGACCCUCAAUCACCUCGACGCCCUGCGCGACAUGACCGCGAUGGAUCGCAAAUUGACCGAUUACGUCGAUCAGGCCCAUCAGCGAGUGGUCGACAUUUACGGCAACAUGACGCAUCGGGACGUCUGGCAAAUACGGACCGAGUGCUUGACUGAGCUCAAGCCUCACAACGUCAGGGUGUCGGCGCUUCUGAGGCUGGGUAUGCAGAAUCAGGACGCGAGCUUUAAUCGCAUCUGUCAACGCUACGACGAAAAGUAUCGAGACCGUAAGCAGCUCCUGGACAAUCUCAAGCUCAACGAUUACGUCGACGAGGACGGACAGCUGGGCUCGUUCGCCAUUAACGCCGGCAGAUCGACCUUGAUCGGGAAAAAUAUCUACGUCAUGUCCUACGGUCUGGCGAACGCCAAUAGUGUCGACUCGAGUCAAAGCUUCCCACGAGUUUUGAGCGUCAGUAACAAGGCAGCGCGGCAAGAACUCGACAGCCUGACUAAGCAACUGGGCCAGGAAGAAGAGUUAGCUCCUAUUAGGCCGUUCAGUUUAAGCUUAUACACGAGGCACAAUGCCAACGUCGCCAGCAACAACAAUAACAACAACAACAACAACAACAAUGGAUCAAAAAAUGUCGAAUCCGAUAAAGACGAAGAGGGCAACGAAAUCGUGGAAAAAUCUAACAUAAACGAGUACAAAAAAAAAUUGAUGCAAGAUAUCGAUAAAGAUUUUGGCGACGACGAAGAAAUCACUGCUAUCAACAAAAAUCGAGACGAUAAUGAUAUUAUCAGCAUGCUGGAAAUGAUGUAAUAACAAUAUCGU